UCUCUUUUUAAGAAAAGGAGAAUUGCAUUGACGGGCGAGUACGUGAUUUAGAGCUCUUCAGGGCUCAAACAGAAGGAUCGCAGCGAACAACCCAACACGGUAUACUAAGCAAAGAUAAGCAGAGACAGGAGAUACUUUCUGUAGCGUCAUUGAUCGAUUUCCCCUAAACAAGAACAGCCAGCACAGUGUUGGGAAUAGAGACCGAGGAUGCUAUAAGUUUGUAGUCGCAGUGAUUCGAGCCAGUGCAUUGGCGGGACAUGGGGCUGAUGCAUACUCGUCGUUGGACAAAGUGCGAUGGCUGUACUCAUAUCUUUCAACGAUAUGUACGCGAACACUGUCGCAUGGAAGUGGUAUGUGUACGAGCUCUCGAUGCUUGUAUAGUUACAUUGAGGGGAAUCACGCGCUUUGUGAUAGUUGAGCCCGCAGGACAUACGAUAUUCAGUACAGGCAGUAUCCUUUGGGAGCAGAGAAAGGGUGUUCUCCAGACAUCUGGAGCGUUGUUCCAAAGAUGUGUGCAUCUCUUCAUAGAGCACGUUCACCUCGGCAAGAACACAAACCUAUACCCUCAACCACACUCCCGACCGGAGAACAUCGGAGAAACAGCCUCACCACUCCUCAGAUCCUCGAUCCCGAUAAAGUGCACCUUGCCCAGCUGCCUCGAACACCGCAGGAACACGAACGCCCACCUGCAGCGUCGGAACGUCAGGAUCCAGCUCGCGUUUCACAUCCCAACAAACACGCGACACAGUGGUGUGCUACCCCACGAUUUGCGUAAAGAGAACUGGGGUUGUUGGCUAAAGGAUUCAACAUGGACAAGCGAGCGAAUUGCGAAACUAUGCAUUUCGGUUAAGAUUCCGAUGCGAGUGGAUUGGUGGCUUAUUGAGGAUUGGUGGAACAUCUAGAGUUGUCGGACCGACUAGGGUGAAUAUGUCAUAGUAUGGAAGCAAGAAGAGGUGUUGAGAAAAGCGGCACGCAACUGCAAAAUGUGCACCUUGUCUAUAGAAGUCUUGGGCUAAGUAGGAGGGUCAGGGGAACUUGUUGGGGCUUGGGUGCAGGCAUAUGGUGUAGGUUUUCUUGGUAAGGUUGGGCGCCGUAACGAACUGCCAGACGCGGAUCGCCAAACUAUCAGAACGAGCUUUCGGAUAAGACAAGCUGCAGUGGCGAGCAGGUUGCCCUUGAAUAGCGAAGCGUGUGUCCGUUUACGUCGCUACGAGAUCGCUUUUUUGUUACCAGAACGUC